UCAUUGUGUUCCCUUGUCUGCGUUGGGGAAAAAUGGGACAAUGUCACCAAUCUCUGUGUCCAAACAUGAUCCAACAGGGCUGCUGUGACCUGUCUUUUUCCCACUGAACCAGACGGGAUGGAAGUUGCUGCGUGAUGAUGAGAGAGGGGCGGGUGAGGGUCUGCCUGGCACUGGGGUGGAGAAUGUAGAGAGGACGCAGACCGCCGAUCGGUGACAGUGGCACGGUCAGAAAACUCAGAGGACGACCACAUACGGGGAUCACGUAAAUUCUCUACCUCCAGACAGAUUCACACUGUCAGUCUCUUUGCUUUGCGCUGCUGGAUCCUCUUCAGUCCUUUGCCUUCAGCUUGGACCAGGAUUCUCUCACACUCAACAUCUGGCUUCAUCUUUUCAACUCGCUGCUGCAGAUGAGGAGGCUACUGGACCACUGGACGUUCUUCUUUUAGGAAAAGCUGUGUUUAACUGUGAAGGAGCAGCAUCGUAUGUAAGGAAUAAACCAAACCCUAGCAACUGGGGAAUGUUCCGAACUAUUGUUUGACCAAAGAUGCAGAGGGACGGACGACACAUGAUUGUCAAAAAAUUGUGAGUGAGUUGAUUUGAAGCAACAGUUAUUGUUUAAGAUCAACUUUUUUGAGCGUUAGAUCAUGUUAUAAUAUUAUUCCCUCAUCAGAGACACACCUGGAGUGUUGCUUAGAUUUUUCCAUGCAUGUUUGAGAAAUCUUUUAAUCUCCUAUGGCAAARGUUCAGCUGUGCAAAACUCUUAGUGGGACCUAACACCGCAUUCAAGGACGACGCUCCACCUCGGACGUACAGCUUCCAAGCUUCAGAGCUUCCCCACUCAGCUCCUUCAGACUAGCCAUCAGCAAUUAGCAAACACCUGGUGGAACUGCACAUGUACUGAGCUCAUUAUAGGAGCKACUUAUCAGUAAAACACUCGUAAAAACACUGUUAAAGUUGUGACGAAGUCCUGAAGGCGGAGUUUCAGAAAGUGGAGUUUCUUAAAGAGACAGAGACCYAAUUCCAARGUGUUACAUUAYGAAGUAAAAUUUCUAAGUCAUAUUUGAUAUAUGUAGCAUUUUUAUAACUGAAUGUUACUUGAUUGUGAUAUGAAAUAGUAUUAUGUGUCUAGAAAACACAAUACUUUUAAAAACUUUUUUCAUGAAUAUAGACCUCAGUCUGGUUAAAGUUGCAUUCUGAGCAUUAAUACAGCAUCAGAGUCUUGGCGUGCCAUGCCUGAGAUGCAGACCCUUUACUACAGCAUGCGUCGGCCCCCAAGCCUCUAYCUGGACCCCWUGGUCGCGCAGCAGCACAUCCUGGAGGAAGAAGUGCAGUUCUGGUGGUUCCGAGACCCCAGACGGUCCUUGUUUUGCUACUGUGCCUCAGUGGCGCUCAUACUGGGACUGGGCCUUGGUGGAGUGGGGCUUCUCUCCACCACUAACAGCCUCUCUGUGGAGUGGCGUCUUGGAGUGGGGACCACACUCUGCCUCCUGGCCCUCGCCGUUCUGCUCAAGCAGCUCCUGAGCUCCGCCAUCCAGGACAUGAACUGCGUUCACAGUCGCCGUCAGAUCGAGCGGCUGCGGAGCGGAGGGAGGGCCGAUCCGGCGCUGAUCUCGGCCGUGGGGCUGGCGGUGACGCUGUGCGGGACGGUCCUGCUCUGCGUGGCCAUGGCGGGUGGCCGGAGCCACGACAGGAGGGAAAUGUUGGUGUCCGGAGCGGUGCUGGUGGCUGCCGGCACCGCCAUGGGCCUGGCCGUCGUGGGCUAUGGUGUGACGGUGCAUCUCAAGAGGAGAAGGGAACAGAGGAUGAGGAGGAGGCUGAGGGUCAGGAGGGCGAGGAGGCUGGGCAGUCAAGGCGUCCGAAUGUUCAACGUUUCGCCUCGACAGGCGAGUCAUGCCAGGAGARACRKRUCUCCCAGCAGGACAAGUCUGAUCUGAACGGACCAAACUGACCAGAACACAAAGACAAAAUCCUGCACYGAAAGAGAAAUUUUGCAAUUUGCUUAAGUAAUAAAGAUGAGAAUCUCAUAAAGGUUCAGUAGCUGCGUUUCCAUUAGUCAUAAAGUAAAAGCAAAUUGAAAUCACGAAAACAGGYUUGCUUAAUGGAAACACAGCAAUUUAGAAAUGGAUGUAUUUUGCAAAACUGGAGURGAAACACUUAUCACAUCAUGCGAGUCACAUGGUUAACAGCCAGAUGUCUCUACUGGUGGAAACGACAAAGAAUACGACAGGAAGUGGAAGGUAGAUGAUGUUUUGUUUUUUCUGGCUCCACCAGAGCUCACAGCAAUUACACCGUUCAUAAAAAGUUGUGUGUAAUUGUAUCACGUUUAAUCCRUAGCUUUUCUGUAAUAUUUGACUCCUAAUUUUCCCCCAAAACAACGCAUACGCAGCCGCUCCCAAGCAUAAGGGGCUUGUCGCUCCAACGCCUGACUAAGACGCCGACGUCUCCUCUCAUUGCUGAUAGAUGAUUAGCAUUAGCGCCGUGCCUGUGUGUUUACAUCCAUGAUUUUUAAUCACUUAUCCAGGAACCAGGUUAUUUCACAUGUAAUUUUAAUUUCAUUUCUUAUUUAAUGAAAACACUACAGUUCUGAAUUUGUGUAUUCCCUCCCCACCCCCGACRUCAACARAAUAUAGACAAAGAUUUGCGCAUAUUUGUAAUGAAAACGCAGCUACUGAGAAACUUCAUGCAGAAUGCAGAGAUACUGACAGUAAAGGGCCAAUAAAUCAAUAAAGACGAAUCCAUUUCCUUUUGGCUUCUUGAUUCCCAKUUUUUAUAAAAKUGGGUAUUUGACUGUAUGACCUCUUUGACAGGCAGGGUUCUUCAUCCAGUUAAUAAAAAAGGACAACUUUAUGAUUGUGUAAUGUUUUAAAAGGCAGUGAUAUAUUUGACCUGUUGGAUAGUUUCACUCCUCAUGCAGAUGUUUGGGGAAUCCUCAGGGAAAUUGAUGGGGACCAAAGUAUGUUUUCUUGACAUGGUGCUGCUCUACUAUCCGUGUAAUUAAAGCAUCAUCAGUUAGAUUUUUUUUUUGUAAAGAAAUGACAUUAACUGAUGUUAAAGGCAAGAGAUUUGGCAGUGUGGAAAGUAGUGUGUUCGCG